UCUUUCUACUAGAAUCCUCCAACUCCCCCUUCAGUUGCAUAGCCAGAAGCUUCUAGGAACACAAAUCCAGAACCAGGAGCAACAGGAAUGGGCUCCUUUGCUAAUGGCCAGAAUGGUUCAGAGCUUGGCAUCCAGAUGCCGGCCAUGGGGAGCAGCGCGGUGCUGGAGCCUCCCACAACAUCUGUAACACCAAGAUGUCCACGGCUGGACAUGGCCAUGGUGGCAACCAGAGCUGCAGCCCUCGUGAUGGCGCUGCUCUCAAUGUCGCUCAUGGUCUCCGCCAGGCAACGGGGUAAUCUCAUCAUCUUUGGCAUCGAGAUUCCACUGUAUGCCAAAUGGUCCCUCUCUGAUUCGCUGAAAUCCUUGGUUGGGAUAUCUGCAGCAGCAGCUGCCUACUCUCUGGCACAACUUCUGUCGAUUGCAUACAAGGCAUUGAAGAAAGUCCCUGCGGUUCCAUCCAGGCGCUAUGCCUGGAUGCUGUUAGCUGGUGAUCAGAUUGAGUCGCCCGUCCACCGUCGUCUCACCGCGCGUCUCUGCCCCAGUAUUGGAUCGUGGCCUCCACAACUCUCCUCCGUCCAGAUCAGCUGCGACCUACAAUGCUUGGUUGUGCGGGCGUCCCUGAUUGCUUGGGCGAGACGUUGGGGCAUUUUUAAUGCGCGAUGAACUUUUCUUUACAACGGUGAACAUUUUUCUUAUAAUAUGAACGUUGAACAUAUUUUGAAUGCAAAUUGAAUAUUUUUGUAAUAUAUGUUGAAAUAUUUGCUUAAGAUAUGAAGAAAAGUUUACUUAAUGCACAGUGAUUUUUUUGUAAUUUAUGGUGAGCAUUUUCUUAAUACACGAUGAGUUUCAAGAGCAUUAUGGUGAACAUUUUCUUAAUACAUGGUGAAUUAUUUGUAUUUCAAGAAAUGUUCAGCAUGUGUUAAAAACUUAUUAUGUAAAUCAUUCUUGCAUUUCAAGAAACAGGUCGAUUUUUUUAAUAAAAGUUGAACAGUUUUAAUGCAUUUCUAAAAUUUAUUAUGAUUACACAUUUAUUUUUAAUACAUGUUGUCAACUUUUUAAAUAACAAUGCAUUUUAAAAAAAUACAAUCAAUAUGCGAGUAACUCAAAUAGAAAUCUGUGUGUUGGCAUAUUUUUUUAAAAGUUGUGUAUUUGAAUAAUAUAACUAGGAUACAUAGUAAUUGUGCAUGGUUGUGGUCCUCAGUGCAGACACAUUAAAUUUGGGCCAUGCCUGUGUUCUAGUCUGGUGCUUGACACUUAAUAAUACUAAUAUGUAAUCGCAAAAAAUAUAUGUAUUAAUAUCAUGAUUAAAAAAACAGUGACCCAGCGCAGCCUCGCUGGGCCAACCGCCGGCCCAAUGUCUUCGGGCUAGUACAAAAUCCGUCUAGCCUGCUCUACGUCGUGAGCGCUGCCAUGACCAGGUGGCUAGUACAAAUGCCCGUGCAUUGCACCGGGCGAAUAUUAAAUAUAACUUGCUCCAUAUGCCAUUAUGCAACACUUUUUUAAUUCAAUUUUUACAAACGUCAGAAAUAAGGUUACACUAAGUAUUUUUUUUGGACCAUGAAAUUUGGACGUAUCCUAACAAUGUUCGACAUGACCUAUUUCACCUCUUCGAUGAAACAGUAGUUGUGCAUGGAAUAGUCUUUCAAUCAAUUUUAUUUAUUGUUGUACAGAAAAAAAUGAAUAUUUAAUAAUUUGAGAAUGUGUUUUUAAAAGAAAUCGAUAAUGUUUUUAGAAUGGAAUCAUUUUUAUGGUGACAAACAUUUUUCAGAAUAUUAUAGUUAAUUUGUAAUUUAUUUUGCACUGUUUUUUGGGCUUGCCCAUUGAAAUACUUUUAUUCACACACACGCGCACAUACACACAACACGCACGAACUCAAUCUUUCUUCACGUUCCCCAUUCUCCUUCCCCACUGCUGGACAGCGCCGCCGCCGACGCCUCCCUUGUCCCCGUUGUUCUGGGAGAACAAGGGUAGGAAAAAUAACGCUUCCGGUGUCUUCUGCCUGCGCCGCCGUAUGAACGGGACCUUGGGCGGCUCCUGCUUCCUCCCUGUUCCUUCCCACCCCUCCUCCUCCAACCAAGGCACGCAGCCGCCGUCUGGAAGCUUGUCCUUCACGUUCAAGCAACCCCUCCUUUCUUAUAUGCUCCAACCUUGGUUAGUUGUGUCAGUAGUAGUAUAGUUAGCAGAUUCAGAUUUGCUUUGUAGCUAGCCUUUGACACUUUUUGAUUAGUUAUUAAACAAUGUGUAUGGCCCAUGUAGUCACCAUGAGAAAGAUCUCUAUUGCUCGAUAGUGUACUGCUUACAUGUUCAAGCAUCUUAAUCCUAACAAAACAGAGCAUCACAAUU